GUGGAGCAGGCGCGGCUCGCCGCCGUCGAGGCGUUGCUGCGGCUGGAGGAGGAGGACCAGCUCGGGCAGGCCCGCGCUGGCAGCUACAGCCCCGCAGAGCGCCAGAGCGGCGUCAAGCACAUACGCUGGGACAACCGCAAGACGGCGUGGCGCAUUAAGUAUACGAUGCAGAACGGCCCAGAUCAAGGUCGCAGAAAGCAGCCCGUGUUCCACCCGUAUGACGAGUCGCCAGAGGAGGUGGAGCGGGCGCGGCUCGCCGCCGUCGAGGCGUUGCGGCGGCUGGAGGAGGAGGACCGGGUCGGUCGGAUCAGCUCGGGCCGGCACAGUGCGGUGCGCCAGAGCGGCGUCAAGCACAUAUUGUGGGACAAAGGCAGUGCAGUGUGGCGCAUUCAGUAUACGAUGCAGAACGGCCCAGAUCAAGGUCGCAGAAAGCGGCCCCUGUUCCGACCGAAGGACGAUUCGCCGGAGGAGGUGGAGCAGGCGCGGCUCGCCGCCGUCGAGGCGUUGCUGCGGCUGGAGGAGGAGGACCGGGUCGGUCGGAUCAGCUCGGGCCAGCACAGUGCAGUGCGCCAGAGCGGCGUCAAGCACAUAUUGUGGGACAAAUGCAGUGCGGCGUGGCGCAUUCGGUAUACGAUGCAGAACGGCCCGGAUCAAGGUCGCAGAAAGCAGCCCGCGUUCCGCCCGAAGGACGAGUCGCCAGAGGAGGUGGAGCGGGCGCGGCUCGCCGCCGUCGAGGCGCUGCGGCGGCUCCAGGAGGAGGACCGCGCGCUCGAGCGCAGCAGCUCGGGCCGACGGAGCGCGGGAUGCCAGAGCGGCGUCCAGCACGGGAGCUCCAAGACGACGAGCGGCGCAGACAGAGGCACCGGGAAGCAGCCCGCGUGCCGCCCGCAGGACGAGUCGCCGGAGGAGGCGGAGCGGGCGCCGCUCGCCGCCGCCGAGGCGCUGCGGGGGCUCCAGGAGGUGGACGGCGCCCUCGAGGCGAGCGCCUCGGGCGGGCCCUGUGCCGGCCGCGGCCGCAGGGAGGUGCCGCUUCUCGACGGGCUGUUCCUGGUCGUCGGAGAGGCGGUUUGA